UCUUCCGUACACACACACACACACACACACACACACACACAGUUAAACUCUGCUGUAUGUAUUUGAUCCGUUUUUUUAAAAAAAUAAAUAAAUAAAUGCUCUAAAUACAAAAGACCGGAAAUGAGAAAAGCUCUAUAAUCCAUUGGUUUGCUGCUUCUGAGCUCCCUGUGGCUCCUGCCCCCCCUUCCCUCUUCUCCCUCCCCACACACACACACACACAUACACUUUGCAUUACAUCCCACUGUUAAUCCAGCAGUCUGUGCAUCGCUGUACUUUUACAAUCUGAUGAGUUCCCAGUGGACAGCAGGACUUUAAUGCAGCUCCAUUGUACGAGUCGUCGGCCGGUCCAGGCUUCACAUCAGGAGACUCUGGUUCAAAGGUGGGACUCAAAAUGAGGAGGUGUCAGCCGGGCACUGUGGUGAAGCUGCUGCUUGUCGCUCUCUGCCUCGGUCUGGUCCCAGCGUGUUUCGGAGCUGCUAUUCCCGUUUCCUGCGGCUCCAUCUACAAGAGUUUUGCUCAGUGUUUGCUGACACUCGGAGACAGUUUGGUGGAGACGCAGAAAGACCAGAGCGCGCAGGACAUCGACGCAGUCUGCAGGUCCUGGAAUGCCUUCCAUGUCUGUGCAAACGCAGCUCUGGCCGGCUGUCCAGGAGACGCAGCCGCCGUCUGGGAGUCUCUGAGGCAAGAGUCCAGGAAGACGCAGUUCUCCGGGAACCUGUACGACAUGUGCGCCAGCCGCACCACCCUUCCGCCCAGCGCCGCGCCCGCGAGCCCCCCCACCUCCGACCAGACCAAUCAGGAGACGCUGAAAGGGCAGACACGCAAGCACAGCGCCACCUUCAGCACACUGCUGCUCCCUGCAUGCAGCACACUACUGAUUGUGAUCAGGAGUUAGUUCAUGAACACGCACGCACACGUGUUUUUUUCACCACGCCACAGAUGCUGCUGUCUUUCUGACACACGCGUGUUUAAAUCAUCGCUAUCUUUAAUCAUAUGCAUGUCGUUUACUUUUGACCCAGCGAGAGAAUUCCAUCAGUAAUACUGGAUGAUUGUAAUGGACAAGAGAGCAUGUCGGGAUUUUUGUUUUUUUUUGUUCUUUUCUAAAAUGCCAGGUGUUCAGAUUUGCUGGUGAUCCAAUCAGAGGAUGAAACAUUAACUCAUUCACUCUCCAUUUGACUGGUUUUAAUGUCAGAAAAUUAGAUUUCUGCAUGGAAGGAUUCGACUGAUGAAAACUCUUGUCGUCAGUAGUUUUCCUGCCCCUUAAAAACACAAUCAUACUCUGUGUUGUUUUAUUUUUAUUCUGUAGCUGGAUACAGUUAAGGUUUAGCUCAAAGAAAUUGGAUAUGAUUAUGGUAACAAAUACCAAUUUACAAUACAACAUUCCUUGCAGCUGUACAUGUAUACAGUAUAGUAAUCUUUGGUCAUCUCUCUUUGAUUAAAUACUGAUGAAUUCAUAUAGAUAAUUUGCAUUAGCCACACUUAGUUUCAGCUCUAGAGCUUGAAGAGAGAUGAUUAGAUGCAGAAACUACACUUGUCUCCACAGAAAUCACAGCCGAGGUUGGACUUGUAAGCAUUUCCAGUUUGUAUCUUUGUAUCUUCUGAUGACAGAUGAUUGUAUGUGUCACACACACACACACACAAACGAGGGACUAGUGACUUGUAAAGCAG